UUUUAUCGGAGGUUCUUACAUAUUGUACCAAAAAAUGACUACCAAUAAAGCUAAGACUGAAACGGCAACACUAAAAGACCUUCAUAUCGAUAAAGGUGAUAGCGAUGAAGUUGAUGGUAUGGAACAGGAGGGAAGCAAGAGGAAACGACGAAGCUUCAAGGCUAGACGAAUAAUUGAAUACGAGAAUAGAAUCCGUCAAUACAGCACACCUGAUAAAGUGUUCAGGUAUUUUGCUACACUGAAGAUAGUUCAUCAUGGAGAUGAGAAUGAAGUAUUCAUGACACCAGAAGACUUUGUGAGGUCUCUCACACCAGGAAAGAUACAACCUGAAGGAUUGGGGCUUGAUGAAUUUGAGAAAUUUGAUCCAGAGAAGCAUAAAUACAAAGGAUAUAACAUUGAAGAAAUUGAUGAAGACAACAAUGUGUUUUCUAGAAUGGGAGAAUAUGGAUUGAUAUCAUUCUCUGAUUACAUAUUCCUAUUAACAGUGCUGUCUUUGCCACCAAGGAUGUAUGAGAUUGCCUUCAAGAUGUUUGACUUGAAUGGAGAUGGAGAGGUGUCUCCUGAUGAGUUUGAUAAAGUACAAAACAUCCUGUUCUCAAUAACAGCCACAGGAGGCAGACACAGGGACCAUUCCAAUACYGGUAGUGUGSUCUCAUAUACUGUUAACUCAGGCCUGCAAGUCUAUUUCUUUGGUGAAAAUGGAAAAAAGAAAUUAACAGGAGAAGAUUUUAUCAAGUUCCAGAGAAACCUUCAAAAAGAAGUGAUGUAUUUAGAGUUUCAAUCGUAUGAACCAGAGAAUGGCAGGAUUACCGAAAGGCAAUUUGCUGACAUGUUGUUGACUUACUCCAGCUUCCAUGAGAAAAAGAAGGAAGUGAUUCUUAAAAGRGUCAAAAAAGCUUUCAAAGACAAURCUCAGGGAGUCACAUUCAAGCAAUACCUGAAUUUCUUCCAUUUCCUGAGAAACAUUGGUGAAGCAGAUGUUGCUCUUAGUUUCCAUAAUGCAGCAAACAAAGCAAUUGAUCCUGACACAUUUAAGCGUGUUGCAAGAACUAUUGCUGGAGUGACUCUAGAUGACCAUAUUGUUGAUAUUGUCUACAAAAUGUUUGAUGAAAAUGACGACGGAGAACUCAGCCACAAGGAAUUUAUAUCUGUAAUGAAAAAUCAGCUGGUUAGAGGUCUCGAAAAUCCUAAAGAUACUGGAUUUACAAAGCUGCUGUCUGCCAUGUGGAAAUGUGCCAAGCACCAAACAUACAAAGCACUUCAUCCCAGACCAAUUGAGGCUGAUUAUUAGAUCAGUGAUAAAAUCUCAAUAGAAAUAUUUAGAAGAAGCGUUUUCAGAAUGCAGCGAAUACAGUAAAAACCCGCGUAUAAGAACAAGUAGAUUAAGAACAYCAGGACUGAUUUUAGGAAAUAAAGUACCAUUUAUAUAAGAACACAUUCAGCCUGAAAAAUUAAAGUUGUUCUUAUAUGGAAAAAUAUGAAAGAUCAACACUACUUUUCAUUGCACACAUAAUAGUUCCAACCCAAAUAUGUAACAAAUAUUAAACAAAGCUAAAAAUAUGUACUGUUAUACAUGUAUUGAUUUCAWCUAUUGUGGUAGCCUAGUAUGUUCCAUAUUUUUAGCGACUWUUUUACAUGACACUUACAGGCUGAUUUUGCAGAUUAUAACCCUUUAUAUAAGAACCAAAUCACCCUKAACCKUCAAAAUAGGUGUUCUUAUACGCGGGUUUUUACUGUAUUGGUUGUAACUUACUAUUCUUUAAUUCUAUUUAUUUGAUAGGUAUGACUUGUUAUUUUUAGAGUCUGUUGCCACAAUUAUAAUUUUGCGACACAUCCCUUCAGAAUUUUUCACCAUUGGAUUUGUCAAGUUUGCAGAAUAAGUGUUUUUUCUCAAUAACGCUAAUACUUUUGUCGCUCCGAAGACUUGAAUUCUAGAAGAGACCUUGGUGUUGUCGCCUUGUUAAAAAUUCAUUGGUAGUAAAAAAAUUUAGAUGCACCAUUUACUCAUGA